GUCGUGCCAUUGAUAUUUUCUUUAUACCAUUUUACCAAAGUUACUCAAUUUAUCUCAUCUUGCAAUCGCUCUUUUAAAGACUCAUCUGCAGAUACAACUACAUUUCUGCUAAUCUGCUUUAUACCCACUCUUCACACACAAACUAGUUUUAGUUUUUGUCAGGAUAACAAACACUUUGAAAGCUUCAGUCUGCUGCUCCAUCUAGUAUACUCGAGCCAGUAUAUUCUGCCUACUUCCAUCAAAGAGCUUUAGUAGACACAAUCCAUAGACUAUUGAGCAGCCUUGUCAAUUUAUCGGCACGAAAAGUUUAAUCUGCUGUAACCAGAGUUCCAUAUCUACAAAAUCGUCAAUUGUCAUUUUAAAUCAGCUUAUCUUCCUUAUAGCAGCAACACACUAUCUAUCACGUCAAACAGAUAUCAGCAAACGUGUAUAUUGUUUUUUCAACUGCUCUAGAUUCUUCAGCUUUAAAAUAUUCUUCAAUAUAUCAACGAUUUGGUACAGAAUUCUCGCUUACUCACAGGUUUAGAUUUUAUAAUACUUGCUGAUAAAAUUGACAGCAUUCGACACGAACCUGAAUCAAAACCUUUUUUCGAGUGCUCAGUAUUAGCAUUGCCUGCUCCAAUUUCACCCAUUUCACCAACUCCACCUAGCCCGCCUCGUUCACCGAGCAAUCAACCUUUGAAUCCUCGCUGUGAUUUUCAACUACCUGUAAUGUUGGACUUUCCAGUCGUGGUUAUAACGUCCGCCACUGAUGCCUCUUCUCCAAUAUCCAUGACAAAUGACGACGCGUCUUUGGAUAUAGCACACAGGUUGCCUAUUGUUACAGAUACAACACAACAACCUGAUGAGUCCACGACACCUUGCAAACCGAGACAGUUGAUAUGCAAUCCCUCCAAUGCAGAGCAAGUUACAAACGAUACGGAUGCGAACAAUGCUCAACAUAGCAAAUUCGACGGAAUAAUCAUGAAUAGCAUUUUUUCCAAACGACAGGAAAUGACAGACGUUUCUCCUGAAGCAGAGGAGGAGCGGCGGAGACGGAUGGGAGCAAUGAUUCGGUCUUCGCGCAAGUACAAUCGAAUGAAUGUCAGCAUGGUAAACCAGCAUUUUGAAGCCGACAAGGAUGGAAAUAUUGGUAUUGAGGAUUUUAUUGCACAAAUUGCACCACAAGAAUGUCUUGCAGCUGCUGGGUAUUCAUACGGUGCUGGUGAAAUCCCCACCACAACUUCGGAACCAGAUCCGCGACCUACAUUGCCUGCCAAUGUCGACACGACCCCAAGCAACAAAUAUUUAAAUCCAACUCUCAAUGUAAUUCAUACAUCGCAUCCAGGAUACUUUAGCAGCAAAAUUGGUGGUAUGCUUGAAAUUCCUGACAAGCUAUUCGGACGCCGUGAAACACAUACAAACAUCACAGAAUGCAAGUCCACUCUACACGAAGAAAAAUUAGAAAGUGCUGAUGAUGCCAUGUCAUCCAAUAAUACUUUGGCUUCUAAAACUUGUGGAAAUCCACAUCACUCUGCGCUUGUUCGACCUGGUUUAUCCUCUACACGUACACAUGCUCAACGUCCAGAAACUGCCACUGGAACUGUGCGAUAUCGAGGCACAGGAAAAAGACAAGUGGCAUUUUUAAAUGAUGUAGUUCUUUUUGAAGGACGUUUGUAUCCUUGUGGAAGUCCAAGUUGUACAUGCUCAAUCGAUGUUGCAUAUGAUAAAAAAUCCAAACUUUCAAUCAAAAAGUUUUUAAACAAAAUGUUUCAACAUCGUACAUCUACCAACACAAUUACCGAGUCUGGAUCACCUUGGCUUUCUGCCACGUCUGUGUCGUCCAUUUCGCAUGAUACCACUAAAGCAGUCUCUACUUCUCGAUCGUCGUCAACAGUACAAACCAGCACGAGUGAUGUGGCUAUCGAGGAGAUUGAUAAUAUAGAACCUAAAGACGAAGAGCACGACGAAGUGUUUUCAAAAACCAAACCCAUUCAUUUGGCAAAGGCUGACGCGGUAGAAGAGCAACCACAUGGUGAAGCAUCUUUCCACCGUAAAACGACUCUGACAGAUAUCUGUCCAUAUGCCAUUGACAGAACAAACCGUGCUGAAAAUCGUCGAUCACCCUUUGGUGUGAUUGGACUGUCUGUUCCAUCCCUUGCAGCGUCUCAAUCGCUUGAAUCUGGACUCGACGUGUCAUUUGUUGAAAAAUCCCGCUGCAGUAUCCUGAACUGCCCCGAGUCCAUACAUGGCCCACAUAUGCAUGCUCCGCUUCAAGAUAACUGGUUUGGUGGAAAAAAACUUCGAAAAGAUGGUCAAGAAAAGAUUAUUUUGCGUGGUUUGGUUCUUCGAGUCCCUCCCAGGUUUACAUCAGUAAGUGAAGGACGAAUGUGGUCUCGCGAGCACGAGUCUUCUAAUCAUGCUUUGUUUGCAACGAGUCAGCCAUUUACACCCACUCAACCACAUAAUCCUCAAGAGCGCGAGGUUAGUAUCGAUUGUCACAACAGCCUUGAUAUAGUCAUGGUUCCUGAAACUCGUAGAGCUGUAUCCGAGUCAAAAAAAAACGCAUCCAAUAUAUCCAUAAAAAAGCCUAGACGUAUACGAAUAUGGAAAAAUAUUCGCAACUUGUUGCUACGAUUGGCUCCUACAACGGUCUAACCCAAUGUGUUUUUGUUGGACAUACUUGUCUCUGGAUGCUUUUACAAAUCGGCCUACUUGUGUGAUAUAGUUUAGAUGUGGGUUAAAAGAUUGAAUUGUCAAUACUCGAUAUCAACAGAUGUAUCUUGAUUCAUUCAAGAUCAAGGAUUGUUUCUUUGACCUCAAAUUUACACCUGUUAUACCCCAUAAAUGUAGUCUUUGAAAUUUCUAAAUCUACUCGUCUCAUUCAUAUAACCCCCUGUCAUGUUCACGCUUAUCUAAACUCUCCAAAAUAAUAAAGCUACUCGGCUUGAGAAUAGAUCAAUU